AACGAAGAGUCCUGGGUUAGUUGAGUCUGCGACGUAUACAUUUCGGAAUGCAAGUAGUGAAAAGAUGGUGCUUUGAUAGUUGAGACAUUCGUUCCGUGGUCGUUCCUAGCCGACAAACCGUGGUUGCCAGCCAUAUUGUUUUACCGCAGUGUUUGUUUUGGUGCAGCCUAGUCAGAAUACGAAGAAAUCCGAGGGGAUCGACUCGAAGGAAGACAGAAGAAUUAGAGUGCAGUUAAAGAAACUACUUAGGCAGUGCGCGUAUACGGUGGUUUUGCUGUAUUUUUCGGCAUAAUCAUCGUAGCUCGCGGGCUAAGCCCAUAAUCUAAGUGUCAGUUGUGAAUAAAACGGUAAAAGAGGGAAAUGGCCUGCGCCACUCUAAAGAGAUCUUUGGAGUUCGACCCGGUACAUAGUCAUGGUCGUCCUAGUAAACGAAGAAGAUGUGUACCAAUGUGUGUCUCCCCCGGUACAUCAACUCAAGCUAAUUCCAGGCCACAGAAUCCUUCGCCUUUUGGCGAAGUAACUCAUAAACUGACGCCUGAAAAAAUGGCUGCUAAUAUAAGAGAAGAAAUUCGGAGACUGCAUCGACGCAAACAAUUGCAUUUUAGUCCUCAAAAUAAUAGUGGUGAUUCUUCAGAUAUGGAAGGUCCUGCCAGUCCUUCAAGCCCAUCUGCUUGUGGUUCAAAUUCAUGUAGUUAUAAUCCUAGUGGAAAGGAAAAACCUUUAUUUACAUUUAGACAGGUGGGAUUGAUUUGUGAGCGAAUGCUUAAAGAACAAGAGACACAGAUUCGAGAAGAAUAUGAUCAGAUUUUAAACAUGAAGCUCUCUGAGCAAUAUGAUGCUUUUGUUAAAUUUACCUAUGACCAGAUACAAAAGAGAUUUGAAUCUGCAGCUGCGCCAAGUUAUCUAUCCUAAAACAAGAUUCUUAUUUAUAAGGACAUGUUUCUGUGAAGAAUAUAGAUUUCUACUGUGUGAGACAAAUUUUGCUUGAAAUUUAAAUUGUGGUAUGCAGCACCACCUCAUUCAAAAACUUCUUUAAAAAACUCAUACUACGACUUACAUUGAAAAAAAUGUGUUUGGUAAAAACAAAAAAAAAGCAUAAAAAAGAAAAAAAAUUAGUCAUGUAAGUUUAGUAGGUUUGCAGCAAACAGCAAUCGUACUACAAAAAUCUACAGUGUAUACUAUUGAAACUAACAAUAUUUGUACUGGCCGAUAUUAGAAAUGCGCUGGUAUCAGGGAACUGUACCGAGAUUCUAGUUAUGUACAAACAAGUACAUGUAGGAGUUAUACACAGUGCAUGAUUAUGCUUGAAGCAAAGAGCUUGACUUGCACAGGGUUCUGUAAUAUCACAUAACUGAUUAAAAAUAGAUAAAUGUUCAUUUCUUGUACAUUUUAUCAGAAAAUGUAAAGAAAUGACAAUAAUACAAAUAAUUCCUUAUUAAUUUAAUAAUACAUAUAUUAGAUAUUGCUCAAUCAUAUGCGAAUACUCUCGUAUUGCAAACGUAAAACGAUGUACAUUGAGAUAUUUGGCAAAAAGUACUGUGCAUAUGAAGAGAAAUUAUAAACCAUAUAUCGGGGAAAGUUGUUUUCACGUUGAACUUCAGUGUAUCUUAUUUUUUUUUUCAAACUAGAUAGAUUCAAACUUAUACAUCACGUAUUUAGAAAAUUUUAUUUUAAUGAUUGCAAUAUGAAAUAUUUUUUUGAUAUGUGUGCUUUAUUGCAUGUGUAAAUUUUCGAUGUAAGCAACAUUCCCCCUAAAAUGGAUGUGUUCGAACUUAAAUAACGUACAUAACUUAUAGAACUAAAUUAUCAAUAUUUUAAAUAGAUAUCAAGAAUCAAUUUUAUUUCUUUCUAAAAUCAAAAAAUAUUUGAAAUCU